UUAUAAGUUGGUGGAAUCACAAAUUCACACUUCAUAAAAUACACCUUCCUUAAUCCGUCCAGAUUCAAUGUACACUCUCUGCAACUCUCCACCAUUGUAUGAUCUCCAAUCCCUUCUCUUACACCAUACGAACUACCUACCCUCGUAGUGCAGUCGCCAUGGUUCGAGAACUUGACGCAGCUUUCGUCCAGCCCAUCGAACACAGACCCACUUCAAAACCCAUCGAGGUCGAUGCCGAACAGAUCCCUCUCGUAGAUCUCUCCGUCACUGACGCCAACCACCUCGUCGCAGAGAUCAGAGACGCCUGCAGGAAAUGGGGGUUUUUCCAAGUUAUCAAUCACGGGGUGCCGCUGGAGCUGUGCAAGAGAGUCGAAGAGGUUGCAAGAAGGUUCUUCCAUCAGUCUCUGGAGGAGAAAAGGAAGGUGAAGAGAGAUGAAGUCAAUUCUAUGGGGUACCAUGAUGGUGAGCACACGAAGAAUGUGAGGGACUGGAAACAGGUGUUUGAUUUCUUGGUGGAGGACCCCGCUGUAAUUCCGGCUUCACAUGAGGUUGAUGGCGAGCAGUUGAGAGUGUUGACGAACCAGUGGCCGCAAUGCCCUUCUGGGUUUAGAGAGGCAUGCGAGGAGUAUGGUAAAGAAGCAUAAAAAUUACCUUUCAAGUUACUAUAACUUGUAUCUCUAAGCUUAGGGUUGCCUGCAACUUGCAUGAAUGGAUAUUUUAAAGGCCAAUUAAGCUUUGUGCGGCUUAAUUACUAUCCUCCAUGCCCUUAUCCUGAGUUAGCACUUGGUGUUGGACGACACAAGGAUUCCGAUGCAUUAACAGUCCUUGCUCAAGACGAUGUUGGAGGACUACAAGUCAAGCGCAAAUCUGACGGAGAGUGGAUUUCUGUCAAACCAAUCCCAGAUGCCUUCAUCAUCAACAUUGGUGAUGUACUGCAGGUUUGGAGCAACGACGGGUAUGAAAGCGCGGAGCACAGGGUAAUGGUGAGUUCCGAGAAAGAGAGGAUUUCGGUUCCAUUCUUCCUCUUCCCGGCUCAUCAUGUCACGGUGAAGCCUCUCGAAGAGCUUCUACACGAGGACGAACCCACGAAGUACGACGGAUACAAGAUGGGAAAAUUCUACGUCGCGAGAAAUCGCAGUGAUUACAAGAAGCUUACUGUCGAUAAUAUCCAGAUAGAUCGUUUCAAGAUGUAAAUCGAUCCAGACAGGCCAAGCUCUGGCUUCUGGUUUUUAUUGCAUUGUAAAUAUUGUGGUUGUAACAACAAUACUAUACUGAGGAUUGGGGGGAUUAGUGAUGUAAUGUUUGAGAGGAAUUUGCAGAGUCAUCUUGUUGUUAUAUUCAGAAUAUUUUCUUCCAAUUCUACAAAAAAAUACAAAACUUCAAACUCA